AAAUUGGCAUCUGGAACGAUUUCACCGUGACGGAAUCUGAUCAGUUUAAAUACGGGAAAAAUCACGUCCCGUGUUGAUUCUAUUCAUCAAUAAUUUGACCAAUUGGUGUACGUGUGGCUCAGAACAUGUCAUUCAAGAGUCAGAUGUUCUCCCAAAAAGUGUCCUACAACAGUUCUCUAGAGGUUUGGAUAGACAGACAGAUAUGUCCCUCCUCGCCUGUCUGUCUGUCUCUCUAUCUGUCUGUCUGCAGUGGGUCCGAGGGGGCGGAUUAUAGCUUUGAUUUUCCUGGACUAUGUCUUGCCAAUAAUGUGGAGAGAUGUGCACACAAACAGAAGACAGUCGUGUGGGACAGAUAACAGCUCCUCUGCUUUACCAACUUCAUCUAAAGUUUCCAAAUACACUGACAGUUAUGAUGGCUAUUUCCACCCGGAUCUUGUGUUCGAUUCUUUUAUUUUGGAUUCUUCUCUCGACUCCAACCGAAUCCAAACGGAACCGCAGUGCGAUUCCACAUCCAAACAAGAACAAUCCGAACGAGUCGGACCAGCACCCUCAUCAGGGUGCUUCGGAACCCCGAGGGAGAGGCAGAGGCUCGUCCGGUUCCGCGGAAGAGGUUUUGGAGUCCAGCCAAGAGGCGUUACACGUCACCGAGCGCCGGUACCUGAAACGGGACUGGUGUAAAACUCAACCGCUCAAACAGACGAUUCACGAGGAGGGCUGCAUCAGCCGAACCAUCAUCAACCGCUUCUGUUAUGGCCAGUGUAACUCGUUUUACAUCCCCAGACAUGUCCGGAGGGAGGAAGGCGCGUUUCAGUCCUGUUCGUUCUGUAAACCCAAACGAUUCAGCACUAUGACUUUCACCCUAAACUGCCCCGACCAACAACCCCCGACCCGAAAGAAGCGCGUCCAGCGGGUCAAACAGUGCCGCUGUAUCUCCAUUGAUCUGGACUGACACAAGUUCUGUUUAUUUAUACUGACGGAUCCAUGAAAACAGAGUCAUUUCAGUAAGAGCUCAUGAGUAUUAAACAAAUUGUAUUUGCUGAAACUAGUUAAAGAGGUUCAGAGAGUCGUGCGAAAAAAUAUGACCAAAAUCUGUCACCAUUACAACACAUAUACAACAUCAAUCAAACGUUCGGACACUCGUUAUUUAUUACUACUGUUUUCAACACCAUCUUAGAAUAAUAGCAAAGUCAUCAAAACUAUGAAAUAACACAAAUGGAUGUAGAAACAUAAAUGUUGGAGCUUCACAUUAGUGGCAUUGCUGGACACUUGUUGACUUGUUACUACAUUAAUUAAAUUGGGAAUUUUGUAAAGAAAUUCAAACGUUUAUACUUUAUCCACAAAACUCAUUUCAAGCAUUUUUGAGAUCAUGAGAAAAAUUAAUUCAGUCAAAUGUAUCCAAGGUUGCUGGUGUUUAUGGGUAGCGGUCUAAAAAAUGUAAAUGUAAUUUUAAAUGUAAUUUCAUUUUAACAAUUUAACAAUUAAAUUUAACAAUUUAACAAAAGUUUAAGAUCACUUAUGAAAAUGCUUCAAUUUUGCAUUUAUCGAAUUUAAUAUAUUUUUUUCUUUUUAUAAUUGUAUUAUCAACGGAAUAUUUGGAAAUUGAUAAAAAAUUUUACGUAAUUUUUACAUUUAAUUUAACAAUUAAUUUUCACAAUUCAUUUGGGUGU